GUGCACUUAAAAAAUAAAAGUAAGUAAAUUUGGGAAUUAAGUGUCUCGCGUUUUUUAUAAUUUUACUGAUUUUUUUUUCAAAUUUCGCGCCAAAUAAUUCAGAUGUUGUGAGUUGUGAUUGGUGGUGCUACAUUAUACAAAGGAUUAUUUUUUGCGUCCAUGGAUUUUGAGUUUGGUUUGUGAUAUUUGAAAGUGACAGAUAAUUGAAUCACUAAAAAUAUGUCUCCACUACUUUUAGUGGGGAUACUUAUCUCCACUGCACUAGCUGAUGUGAUACACGUCAAAGGAAAUGGAGGAGUAGCUAUACCCAAUCCCAGUGAAAUUAAUUCUCUAGUCAAUAAUAGGAAAUCGAAUCAACAGGAAUAUUGGUGGAUGGGACCAGACAGUCCGAUGAAAGCCGCCUACGAUUAUUAUAAGAAAUGUUCAAAAACCGGAAACUGUCUACCUCCUGUGAACCUUCUUAAUGCUGGCGACUUCAAUUUAGAAUCAGUCGACCUUAAGAAAAAUCCAUUUUUGAAUGGCGUAUACGAAGCUGGAAGUUCAGCUGAUUUCUCCACCUCUUCGUCUGAGACGAAGUCCACCGGAGUAUCCGCUGAUUCAAACAUUGAAAUAAACAAUAAUCCUUUCUUAAAACGAGCUGCUUCAACUGGAAACGGUGACAAAAUUACAGACUCAAACGGUUUUCUAGGAGUUCAACCUAAAAAGCCCGGAUUCUCCACAACACAUCCACUGGAUAAUAAGAAACCAUUCGCUACUACUCACCCAGGUGAACCAAAACCAUUCAAUAUUAAUGUUAUUGAUGAUGACAAUGAAGUUUCACUUACAAUACCAUGUGAAGGACAAGGAAAAGUUUGCGUUCCAAAAGAUGCUUGCGUUAAUGGUUUUGUUAGCAAAUAUAGAGAAAAUGUCUUACAGAUCAAACAGAAUAAUAAUAACUGUAACAAAAAUACGGAAGCUUGUUGCAAUUUAUCUGGUGGUACCUCAUUCCCAACUAGCAUUAACGAUUUGCUCGACAAUCCGGCUAAAAACUACAAAUUCAAUAGCAACGCCAAUCCUUCAUCGGGGAUAAAAAUCAUUAACGAUUAUUCAGGAGACUCAAAGUUUCAAGUUUCUCAUAACAGUCAAAGUGGUUCAACAAAUAAAGCGAAUCCAGCGAAACCAGAAAGAGAUAUAAGUACCAGCGCCAAUUCUGUCUUUUCAUCCACACCUGACUAUAGUGAUGUACAGUUUGACAGUGACGUCAGAUUUUCUAAUCUUCUUCAUGGACCGGCUUAUCUUCCACCUGAACCACCUAAACCACAACAAUGUCCAGCUGGUACGUACUUGAAUGUUGAAGGUAAUUGUGAACCUGCAAGAAAACCCUGCCCCAUAGGUACAGAAAGACAAAAAGAUGGAAGAUGUGUACCAGUAGAAUCACCAUCAUGUCCCUUUGGAACAUAUAUACAACCAGAUGGAAGCUGUAAACGAACACCUACACCAGCAUCAUGCCCUUUUGGUACUAUUCAACAACCCGACGGAAGCUGUAGACGAUUGGAACCACCAACACCAGUACCAUGUCCAUUUGGCACCAACAGACAACCUGAUGGUAGUUGUAGGCGACCGGAGCCGCCUACACCAGCACCAUGUCCAUAUGGUACGAAUAGACAACGUGAUGGAAGCUGUAAGCGACCUGAACCACCUACUCCAGCACCAUGUCCAUUUGGCACUAACAGACAACCUGAUGGUAGUUGUAGGCGACCGGAGCCGCCUACGCCGGUACCAUGUCCCUACGGAACAAAUAGACAACCUGAUGGAAGCUGUAAGCGACCAGAACCACCUACUCCAACACCAUGUCCAUUUGGCACGAACAGACAACCUGAUGGUAGUUGUAGGCGACCGGAGCCGCCUACGCCAGCACCAUGUCCUUCUGGUACUAUUCAACAGCCCGAUGGAAGCUGUAGACGAUUAGAACCAUCAACACCAGCACCAUGUCCAUUUGGCACGAACAGGCAACCUGAUGGUAGUUGUAGGCGACCGGAGCCGCCUACGCCGGUACCAUGUCCCUACGGAACAAAUAGACAACCUGAUGGAAGCUGUAAGCGACCUGAACCACCUACUCCAGCACCAUGUCCAUUUGGCACGAACAGACAACCUGAUGGUAGUUGUAGGCGACCAGAACCGCCUACACCAGCACCAUGUCCCUUCGGAACAAAAAGACAACCUGAUGGAAGCUGUAAGCGACCAGAACCACCUACUCCAGCACCAUGUCCAUUUGGCACGAACAGACAACCUGAUGGUAGUUGUAGGCGACCAGAACCGCCUACACCAGCACCUUGUCCCUUUGGAACAAAUAGACAACCUGAUGGAAGCUGUAAGCGACCAAAACCACCUACUGCAGCACCAUGUCCAUUUGGCACGAACAGGCAACCUGAUGGUAGUUGUAGGCGACCAGAACCGCCUACACCAGCACCAUGUCCCUACGGAACGAAAAGACAACCGGAUGGAAGCUGUAAGCGACUAGAGCCACCUACGCCUGCACCAUGUCCAUUUGGCACGAACAGGCAACCUGAUGGUAGUUGUAGGCGACCAGAACCGCCUACACCAGCACCAUGUCCCUUCGGAACAAAUAGACAACCUGAUGGAAGCUGUAAGCGACCAGAGCCAUCUACGCCUGCACCAUGUCCAUUUGGCACGUACAGGCAACCUGAUGGUAGUUGUAGGCGACCAGAACCGCCUACACCAGCACCAUGUCCCUACGGAACGAAAAGACAACCGGAUGGAAGCUGUAAGCGACUAGAGCCACCUACGCCUGCACCAUGUCCAUUUGGCACGAACAGACAACCUGAUGGUAGUUGCAAACGACCGGAGCCGCCAACACCAGCCCCAUGUCCUUACGGAACGAAAAAACAACCUGAUGGAAGUUGUAAGCGACCUGAACCACCUACUCCAGCACCAUGUCCAUUUGGCACAAACAGACAGCCUGAUGGUAGUUGUAGGCGACCGGAACCGUCUACACCGGUUCCAUGUCCUUCUGGUACUAUUCAACAGCCUGAUGGAAGCUGUAGACGAUUAGAACCAUCAACGCCAGCACCAUGUCCAUUUGGUACGAACAGACAACCUGAUGGUAGUUGUAGGCGUCCAGAACCGUCUACGCCUGCACCAUGUCCAUUUGGCACGAACAGACAACCUGAUGGUAGUUGUAGGCGACCAGAACCGCCUACACCAGCACCAUGUCCCUUCGGAACAAAAAGACAACCUGAUGGAAGCUGUAAGCGACCAGAACCACCUACUCCAUCACCAUGUCCAUUUGGCACGAACAGGCAACCUGAUGGUAGUUGUAGACGACCGGAGCCGCCUACACCAGCACCAUGUCCCUACGGAACGAAAAGACAACCGGAUGGAAGCUGCAAGCGACCAGAGCCAUCUACGCCUGCACCAUGUCCACUUGGCACAAACAGGCAACCUGAUGGUAGUUGUAGGCGACCAGAACCGCCUACACCAGCACCAUGUCCCUUUGGAACAAAUAGACAACCGGAUGGAAGCUGUAAGCGACCAGAGCCAUCUACGCCUGCACCAUGUCCAUUUGGCACGUACAGGCAACCUGAUGGUAGUUGUAGGCGACCAGAACCGCCUACACCAGCACCAUGUCCCUUCGGAACAAAUAGACAACCUGAUGGAAGCUGUAAGCGACCAGAGCCAUCUACGCCUGCACCAUGUCCAUUUGGCACGUACAGGCAACCUGAUGGUAGUUGUAGGCGACCAGAACCGCCUACACCAGCACCAUGUCCCUUCGGAACAAAUAGACAACCUGAUGGAAGCUGUAAGCGACCAGAGCCAUCUACGCCUGCACCAUGUCCAUUUGGCACGAACAGACAACCUGAUGGUAGUUGUAGGCGACCGGAACCGCCUACACCAGCACCAUGUCCCUUCGGAACAAAUAGACAACCUGAUGGAAGCUGUAAGCGACCAGAACCACCUACUCCAACACCAUGUCCAUUUGGCACGAACAGGCAACCUGAUGGUAGUUGUAGGCGACCAGAACCGCCUACACCAGCACCAUGUCCCUUUGGAACAAAUAGACAACCGGAUGGAAGCUGUAAGCGACCAGAGCCAUCUACGCCUGCACCAUGUCCAUUUGGCACGUACAGGCAACCUGAUGGUAGUUGUAGGCGACCAGAACCGCCUACACCAGCACCAUGUCCCUUCGGAACAAAUAGACAACCUGAUGGAAGCUGUAAGCGACCAGAGCCAUCUACGCCUGCACCAUGUCCAUUUGGCACGUACAGGCAACCUGAUGGUAGUUGUAGGCGACCAGAACCGCCUACACCAGCACCAUGUCCCUUCGGAACAAAUAGACAACCUGAUGGAAGUUGUAAGCGACCAGAGCCAUCUACGCCUGCACCAUGUCCAUUUGGCACGAACAGGGAACCUGAUGGUAGUUGUAGGCGACCGGAGCCGCCUACGCCAGUACCAUGUCCAUUCGGCACAAACAGACAACCUGAUGGUAGUUGUACGCGACCAGAAACACCGACAUCAUGUCCUAAUGAUUCUGUUAGACAGCCUGAUGGAUCUUGCCUGAAACCAACUGUUGAGCCAUAUUGUCCUUCUGGAACUGAAAGACAGCCUGAUGGCUCAUGUAAACGACCAAGGCCAUUACCUUUACCUUGUCCAUUUGGAACAGUAAGACAACCGGACGGAAGUUGUACACCAACAGAACCACCAACUCCAGUUCCAUGUCAGCCAGGAUCUAUUAGAGAACGUGAUGGAAGCUGUAGUCGGCCAGAGCUACCUACACCAAUAUCUUGUCCUUUUGGUACUAUAAGAUUACCUGAUGGAAACUGUGAACGUCCAAUUACCCCAGAACCAUCAUGUCCAUUUGGAGUUAAAACAAAACCAGGCCAACCUUGUCAAUGUCCUGCUGGAGAGACUAGACAACCUGAUGGAUCUUGUAUAAAACCUAUACCGUCACCGUAUUGUCCUUCUGGAACAGAAAAACAGCCUGAUGGCUCAUGCAAACGACCAGAACCAUUGCCUCUGCCAUGUAAAUUUGGAGAAAUGAGACAAUCUGAUGGAAGUUGUAGGAGACCAGAGCCAUCUACACCAUUACCAUGUCCUCCUGGAUCAGUUAAAUUACCUGAUGGGAGUUGUGAGGAACCAGAGCCAUCUACUCCAGUAUCAUGUCCUUUUGGAACUAUUAGACAAGCCGAUGGAACUUGCCUGAAGCCAAGUCAGCAGCCUUGCCCUUCAGGUUCAUAUAAACAGCCCGAUGGUUCUUGUCUCCGCCCAACCCCAGUACCACAGCCACGCCCUUGCCCUUUUGGAACUGAGAGACAACCUGACGGAAGUUGUCAGAAAUCUAAGCCAAAAACAUGUCCUGAAGGUUACCAUCUUACAACAUCUGGCGAAUGUAUACCUGAUAUUAGCUAUCUACCACCAACUACGCAGCCUUCCACCAGCGACGGUUACCAUUAUGAGAAACCUACCCCAGCAUUUGAACUUCCCACCAGAAGUACCGGCUCUACGGGAAUUAAUGGACCUACAACAGAACACGAAGGAAUGGGAUCUAAUAUAAACAGCGAGGUUCGGCAACCCGACAACAAAGGUGAAUCAGCAAACAGUAAUAACGUAUUCGUUUCAACGAAAAGUCCCACAAAAGGUCCUGUUAGAACACCGCCACCAUAUAAUCCUGACGAAGUUCAAGCUCCUGCAGGAUGUGCUGCUGCUUUGAAAUGCGUUCAAGAAAUUUACUGCACAGUGGAAGGAGUUGUAUCACCAGUACCUGUGGUACUCACCAAAGAACAGGAAUUGCUGAGAGUACCAACAACAGUUUGCAGAGACAUCGAAACAGGAAUUUUGGGUAAAUGUUGUCGUGACCCCAAUUAUGUGGACCCUUGGCCGUCCGCAAACUUGGUAGACGGAGUCGACGAUGGACAAUAUAAAGAAGAUAACUUCUAUGGUCAACAUGAUGUAGUCAACACUAAUAGACUCACUAGAAGAUCUAAUAAUACUAGAGCAUCUAUUGUUAGAAAGAGGCAAAGUAUUAAAAGUACACAAAAUGUAAUUAAGGAAUCCGAACCAACUUGUGGAGAAGUAAAUUUGAACUCAAGUCCCAUAGGACCCGGCCCCUUAGAUGCCAAUUUCGCCCAAUAUCCAUGGCAGGCUAUGAUUUUGAGAGAUACCAAUCGCAGUUUACUUUGUGGAGGUGCUAUUAUUGCUAAGGACGCUGUUCUUACUGCUGCCCAUUGUAUAGAAGGAUUACAAACUUCCGACGUUCUUGUCAAAGGAGGAGAAUGGAAAUUGGGAAUUGACGAAGAACCACUGCCAUUCCAAAUAGUUAAAGUUGCUGCAAUUAUUAGACAUCCUCGAUACAAAGAAGCCGGCUACGAUUUGGCUAUUUUGAAACUUACGGAGAAAUUUAGAUGGAGUAAAAAUGUAGGAAGUAUCUGCUUACCCGAUCUCAAAACUUCUCUUGGUAGCUGUAAAGUUACAGGAUGGGGAAAACGUAUUUUGCAACUACACGCAAGAGGGGCCAUUAUGCACCAUAUAGAUGUAAAAUUGAUGGAAGGUGAGAAAUGUAAGAAUAGCUUAAGUGAGAGGUUCCAAGAAUCACUACCCAAUUUCAAAGAACAUACAUUGUGCGCAACAUCAGAUAUCGACCAAUGUAAGGUCGAUUACGGUAGCGCUUUAGCUUGUACCAAUGACCAAGGCAAGUACGUAGUAGCAGGUAUAUUCGCUUGGGAUACGGGAUGCAAACAAGAAGGUCAGAUAGGUGGAUACAUCCCAACCGACUCCCCUUGGAUAGAAGCCACUUUACAAAAAUCAUUAAAAGAACUAAGAAGGCUAGAUAGAGAAUAUUUGCUCAACAGCAGAAAAUAGAGUUACUGUAAUCUUUAGUUAAAAACGAAUUGUUUAUACUGAAAUAAUCGUUUGUAGAAUUAUCAAAGUUUUUUAAAAUAAUAUCGAUUUUAUUUCCCUGUAAAUAUACUGUUAUAAAUAUGUGAUAGAUAUGUAAAAAUAUCUUCAGUUUAUUUAUUUAAGAAUUAAGAUUGUCAGUAACAAUUUUUGUAUAUUUUUAUAUUUAAUUAAAAAACUGCCAUAUAUCUAUUUUAUAUAUUAUCUUGCGCUAUUCCUACUCAUAUUACCUACCCAAGUUUAUAUAAAAAUUAUAAAAGUACAUAAAAUAUAAUACUCAUUUUUCUUAGUUUUAAAUGUGAAACAUUUUUAAUUCAAUUGUUGAAAAAUAGAUAUAUAGUUAAUAAAGGUAUAAAAAACA